AUGAACUCCAUGAACAGUCUCGUGUCAGCGUGCGAGGCCAUCUUGGAGCAGCCCAGAGCACCGCCGUUGUAUAUCUGCACGGGCACCCAAGGCAUCUCACCGCUGCCGGUCGUAAGCUUGGAGGGACUUCCGGACGCGUUGUCGUGGCCUGUAUCGCGUACCCAGCACGGCCAGCUCAGCGCGCAGUACGGCAAGGCCAGUGUCGUGCCCGCCGCCGACAUCCACAUCGCCAAUCAGAGCGCGUUGGAAGAAGCCCUUGUCCAAAAUGUCGUGCACAAGCUUCUGUUGACGCUCGGUAUUCGCGCCUCGAACGUCGGCGCCGUCUUGUCGCACCUCUGCAUGGACGCCGUCGGGUCCAUUGACGGCCUCCGGGCCUCCACAGGCUGCAUUGCCGAUGCGUUCGGGACACUGAUCGUGCUGCUGCCGUCCGACCACACGGGUGGCGUCCUCACGUUCCAGCGCCACGAGCACGCAAUCACGCUGCCGCAGAACGCGGCCGAGCGACCGAGAGGGUUCGACGGUGUCUGUAUCAACACCACGAUCAAGUCGACGCCCAUCACGUCCGGACGCCGCCUUGCACUCGUUUUCGACUUAACAGGGGUCCACGAACCAGAGCGAGGGCCGUCGCGACUGCCGCUGAACCGAACCGGUGCGGCCGCCAAGGUGGCGGUCCUCGCCGCGCGCCUGCUGCCAGAGUGCCACCGCAUCGCGUGCAGCCUCGCGUACCUCUGCCCGGCGCCAAGCGACGUUGGCGAUCCUUACGCAGACUCUUUGUUUCCGCGCCUGCGACCUCGGCACAAGCACCUCGUCAACAUUCUCGUGGCCUCGGAUGCCUUUGACAUCGCCGUCGUUCGGUUCUUGACGAAAUCGGCACGCUACGACAGCGAGCCCGACGACCCUAGCAGCGGCGAGGACAGAGCCGACGUCGACAACCACGUCGCCGCGUUCGAGUUCCAUCCGUCGUGCAACGUGCCGGAUUUGGUAGCCAAGCGGCUCGUCGGCGUCUCAGCCCACACCUUCCUCUGCGAGAGCGGCCAUGAUGAGCUCGUGCCCGUCAGUGCUCCCUCGGAGAUGGCGCUGCUCUUCUGGCCCAAGCGAUUCCGAGCCGGCAUCGUCGGUAUGAAGACCUCCAUGGCCCUCCUUCGCGAGGCUGUCUUGUUUCGCCGGACGAUGCACCCGCUGGGGCUCUCGAGUGCCCGGGAACUCGUCUUUGGGACCAUGGCUAUCUUCCACUCCAUCGCCUCUCUCGCCUUUAGCGACGAGCGGGCUGGUACCGCGCGCGACGGCCAUGCAGCCGCCAUGGGCGACGUGCUCUGCGCCUCCAACGACGACGAAGUCGCUGCGUACUUUCUCAGCGCCGCGCUCUCCGUCUCGCCGACAGGAGUGCAUUGCCGCCGCAUCGCGCUCACCGACGCCGUCGUCUGCGUCCGCACAUGUGUGACGAAAUUUGGCUGGCAACCGCUCUCGUCUGCGAUCCGAGGCCUCUUGCGGCGCUGGCUCCGCAGCUCAACGCAGCGGAGCCACGUCUUAGGCUUGGUGUCGCACCUCGCCGGUCUCUCCAACGUGGCGCUCGCGGCCGUGUGCCGAGAGGCGUACGUCCGUGGCGGCUUGCUGCUGCCCGUGCCAGGCAUGCGUGACGGCGACCUCGUCGACAUCCCGUUCGACCCCCGGCACUGCGCCGACUGCAACGAGGUGUGGCACUUCCUCAGCGACGGAACGCGACUCCGACUGACGUUCGAUCGUCGCGCGUGCUUGCGAGUGCGCGCGGUCGCGGCCGCCCACCCGACGCGACUGCGCUACGCGAAGCAGACGGCGCACAAAAGGAGUUUACGCAAAGUGCAGCAACCGGGGCGCAUCCGGAUCGCCCACGCGGCGUUGGCCAAGCGGCGCCAUGUGAACGCGACGACAAGCUAUCGCCAACUCGAGGCUUUUCGGUGGCCCACGCCCGGAAACCAUAGAGAGCGCAGCUUCGACAUCCGCUUCAACCGACCCUUGUUGGCCCACAGCGUGAACCAAGCGAUCGCAGCGUACGAAGCGGCGAUCGAUAGCAUCGAGCCAUCCACCAAGUACAUCUACAAAAGCAACUCAGGGCUUGGCAUCGCGCCUUUGCUUCGCGUCGACGGCGUCGACCUGCCGCGGCCGCUGACCUCGGCCGAUGUGACUCGACUCGCCGCCUUGGCCAAGGACAGGGGCCGGAUUCCCGCCGCGAAGCUCGAGUUUCUCAACGAGGCCGAGUGGAUGGGCGCGAUGCGAAAGACCAUUCUGCGCCCCGCCGAAGUGGCACUGGCCAUCACCACGAUGGACGUCGACGUCGUCCUCUCGCACCUCUGCGUUGACGCAACUGGCGACGCUAACGCGCUUCGGCCCGUUCCCGACGACGUGCCGGGGUCGUUUGGCUUGCUGCUUCUCCUCUUGCCGCACCACCACGCUGGUGGCGCAUUGACGUUUGCCCACAACGGUCUCUCGAAGAGCUUCAAGACGCACCUGUCGUCCUAUGAAGUGGCGGCCACGUAUCACGGCACAUCGAUCUCAUCGGCGCCCAUUGCAUCGGGCAGCCGGUUGGCGCUCGUUUUUCACUUGGUUGGGCGAGGCCUCCGCGGCCGCGGCCGCCCUCCCGUCGUCGCUCUCGAUCGAUCGCGCAUUCUAUCCGAUCUGACUGCGAUUGCGAAGGCGCCGUUCCCGCGCUGCCAGCGCAUUGCAUACCGCGUUCGCACCGUCUCCAAAAACAAAGCCUUUGCGUUCGAGAACCUCACGCGCGCAGAGAGAGCGCUGGUCGACCACCUCGUCGCCUCCCAUAGCUUUGACGUGGCGUUGAUCCGCUUCAAAACAAGCCGCAACGACCGGAAAGAGCACCGCAACCGCGUCGCCUCUGCCGUGCCCCACCCCGCGUGUCAAAUGCCCCCCAGCGUAAUCGACGGUCUUCUUGGGAAGGGAGCCCAUGCGUUCAUCAAGGACCCGACCCCGCUCGAAGAGGUAUCCUAUCACGUCUCGAUUCAUUGCCCCCCGACAGCGCUCUUGUUUUGGCCCAAGCGAUUCCGCGCCGGCAUUGCUGGCAUCCCAGCGGCGCUGCGCUCGUUCGAAGCGGGGGAAACGCUGCUGGGCGCCCCGAGUGCUCGCGAUCUUGCGCUGAGUAUCAUUGCCAUCUUCAAGCUCGUACCGUUAAGCGUCUUGGUCGCCCUGGGUGAGGUCGACCUCGCGUCGCUCUUCCUGUCGGACGCCGUCUUUGUCUCGGACGAUGCGUCGAUUGAAGACGUCGCGCCUGGGAUUGCAUCGUGUUUGCGCGCGUUUGGCUGGCCGGCGCUCCAGCCAGCGAUGCUCAGCCUCGUCCAGCGGUGGAGUAGCCACUGGAAACAAUCAGGACCGACCUGCCAACUGCUCGCAAGUCUCGCUGGGAUCACAGAGCCCAAGGCUGCCGUCUGCCCUCCGCUGCGCCAGCCCUUCGUCUUCGAGUGCAUCAAAGCGCUCUGGGACGCGAUGCCCAGUUCUCACCACCGGUACAACAGCAACGCGCUCAACGAGUAUCGCCUCCUCCUCGACGCGUACGUGGACGACGACGAGACGAAGCACUGGCUGCGUCCAAAGCUUCCGGUCUCGCUGCGCCGUCACGUCGACGCCUUUCUCUACAAGCGCCGCCAUGGCACGUGCACCUUGCUCGAGGCCAACACUCGCGUCGGCGUCCUGCGCCGACUCAAGAGCCACUGUGUCUCGCUCGUUCUCGCGCUCCAAAGCCACCCGACGCUGCCGUCUGCACCGCGCUACCAGGAGGCCAUUCUCGCGGACAUGGCUUUGGCACUCGCCACGCGCGUACCGCUGGCAAAGUACGAACGUCUGCGCCCGGUCGAGUGCGGCAGUCUCUUGCAGAUUCUACUCUCGACCCGGCCGUGCGACGCCGCCCUCCUCGACGACCUCGCCGCGCUCAGUGGCGAGUAUACCGUGGGGGGUAUCCUAUGGUUUCUCAAGCAGCAGCAAGGAUCCCCGCUCGACUCGACCUUGCGCGCCGUCUUGUCUCGCUUUCUUGCUUCGCGGGCGCAGAUGCUCCUGCAAGCUACGCUUCCGAAAGCGAAAGCCACCGUCGACUUGAUCGUCGCGCUGGGGCUGCUUGCACCGGGCGAGGAUGUGAUGGCGUUUGUACAGGCGUGGCGAGCCGUCGCCAACAACGACGAGGUCUACGCAGUGAUUGCUCGGCUCCAAACCAAUUGCGACUGCCCCGACGUGCUGCUGUACCUCGUGCACGUGUGCCGGGCCGCCAUACUUCAGAACGGGUCGCUGGAUCCGGUCCCGCCCCUGCCCGACUGCUAUGUAUUUGGCAAUGUUGCGCUGGACCCUGCGCACUGCGAUUGCUGCAUGGCGUUCGACGAGUUUCUAAGCGAUGGGACCACAGCGGCGACGACGAUGUGGGGCCGCAUCUGCCGCCGCGUCCUCUCGCUGCUCAAAGCGAAAACGAACCGGCUGGAGAAGCGGGACGACGACGGGUGCACACGGAUUCACAAGGUGUUGCCUCGAGGCUACCCGACGCCAGCGGACCUGAAGCGGCAUGUGGAGAAGCUGGCACACUUCCAGCAAAGCACCGAGCGCCUGGCAAUGUUGAAUGCACUGGAAUCCGAGCUCCCGGGCGCGCCGGACGAGGUCCAGGACGACGAGAUACCACCGCGCAAGCGUCCGCGCCGCGACGCAACCAUGUAG